AGAGAGAGAGAGGGCGGGGCUUUUUAGAGAGAGAAAGUGAACCUUAUCCAUUACUCCUGCAUCCCGACCUUUAUAAAAGCAGAUCGAGCAAACCAAAACUCAGAGAUAACUAGAGAGAGAAUACAGAGCAUUUAGAGAGAGAAAGAGUUAUAUAUAUAUAUAUAUAUAUAGUGUUUAUAUAUAGCAAUUCAUAUUGGUUUUCCCCAUCGAUUUCAAGCCAUUGAUGGCGGCUUCCAAGAGCUACUUCGCGAGACCGAACUACCGAUUCCUCUCCGGCGGCGACCGAGACUCUCCAAUCUCCACUGACACCGUGUCUUUCGAGCUCGACGAAUCGGACGUCUGGAACUCGACUCGGUCCGGUUCGCCCGAGUUCCGCAAACCGGUUCCGAGUUCGCGGUUCUCGAAUAGGGCGGUGGAGAAGCGAGCCGAGGCCGGCGCAACGCCGUCCUCACUGCCGGUGAACGUACCGGACUGGUCGAAGAUACUGAAGGAGGACUACAGAGAUCAGAGGAGGAGAGACGGCGGUGACGACGACGAGGACGACGUUGACUGCGGAGGGAAUCGGAUUCCGCCGCACGAGUUGUUGGCGAGGACAAGAAUCGCCUCCUUCUCGGUGCACGAAGGCAUUGGGAGGACUCUUAAAGGGAGGGAUCUGAGUAGGGUGAGAAAUGCAAUUUGGGAGAAAACUGGGUUCCAAGAUUAACACAGAAUUAAAAGUUUCACAAAAUACGUUACUCAUCAAUAUUCAUAGAGUCGUAGUAAACUGUUUUCAAUCUUUGUUAUGGUUUUGUUUUCUUUUUCGAUUCUGGUCACCGUGUGUGAUGAAAGCGGAUCCAUAGGUACAUGUAAUUCUAAAUUUUGAGAGAAAUUUGAGAAAUGUCGGGUUUAUCGUGAA